AUGGCUGCCCCUCGAUUGACCAAGCAGGCGCUCUCACGGUCGGUCUGUACAGCCGUGUCCGUCGCCAGGACGGGCGCACUUCGCGCUGCUCAUCGACGACGCCAGACGAACACCCUCGCCCCCCGCUCCACGUCCCUCCCAUCUCCGUCCUCGUACCUUUCCACUCAAAUCCGAUAUAGCUCCUACUCCUCCCCGGAUAGUGCGCCCAAUACGCGAAAGAAGGUCACCCUCCAAACAUUAAAAAACCUCUAUAAGAAGGGCGAGCCAAUUGCUAUGCUCACAGCCCAUGAUUUCCCCACCGCCCACGUUGCUGAUGCAGCUGGGAUCGAUAUCGUGCUAGUCGGUGAUAGCUUGGGGAUGGUGUCGAUGGGCUUGGAAAACACAACCGAGGUCGUGAUGGAGGAAAUGAUUAUGCAUUGUCGGAGCGUUGUCCGCGGCGCAAAGAGUGCAUUCAUUGUCGGUGAUUUGCCUAUGGGCUCAUACGAGGUGAGCCCGGAACAAGCUGUCGAAUCCUCUCUUCGCUUGGUAAAAGAGGGUCGUGUGCAUGGUGUGAAGAUCGAAGGAGGCGAGGAGUUGGGUCCGACUAUCAAGCGGAUCACCCAAGCUGGGAUCCCCGUCGUUGGCCAUGUAGGCCUUACACCGCAACGACAAAAUGCACUCGGUGGCUUCCGAGUCCAAGGAAAGACAUGUACCAGUGCAAUGAAGCUGUUGCGCGAUGCGUUAGUCAUGCAAGAGGCCGGAGUGUGCAUGUUUGUCCUCGAAGCAAUGCCCGCGGAGGUUGCUGCCCUUAUUACGAGCAAGCUCAAGGUCCCGACAAUCGGCAUUGGUGCCGGUAAUGGAUGCUCAGGUCAGGUCCUUGUCCAAGUGGAUAUGACCGGAAAUUUCCAGCCCGGUCGCUUCGUGCCGAAAUUCGUCAAGAAAUACGCCGAUGUAUGGGGAGAAGCCAGGCGGGGAAUCGUACAAUAUCGCGACGAAGUCAAAAGUCGCGCUUUUCCUUCACAGGAAUACACAUAUCCCAUUUCUCCGGAGGAACUGGCGAAGUUUGAGAAGGAGGUGAAUGCACAAUAUCAAAAUUAA